AUGGUGGAUUUUUCCAGCAAUCGCUUACAUGGUGUGAUUCCAUCUUCUUUUUUCCAACAAGCUUGGAACUUGACUAGUUUCAAUGUCAGUAACAACACCUUUUCAGGUCCUAUCCCAUCCUCUAUUUGUCUUCCUUGUUCCUCGUUACGACACCUUGGUUUUUCCUUCAAUAAUUUCAAUGGUAGUAUUCCUCGUGGACUCGGGAAAUGUUCCAAACUGCAGGUCUUUCGUGCCAGUUAUAAUUACCUCUCAGGAUUACUUCCAGACGAUAUCUACAACGAUUCUGCACUUGAAGAAAUUUCAUUAGCUCGAAAUUCAUUUUCUGGAGCCAUUAAUGAUAAAAUUAUCAACCUGACUAACCUCACAAUACUAGACCUCUACUAUAACCAAUUUACUGGCGUCCUCCCUCUCCAUAUUGGUAAGCUCUCUAAGUUAAAACACAUGCUCUUAGAUUUCAACUAUCUUGAAGGAUCAUUGCCCCCGUCUUUGAUGAAUUGCACGAACCUUGUAGAAGUUCGUAUGGGAGCGAACAACUUAGAAGGCGAUAUUUCCACGCUUAAUUUCUCCAGGCUUAGUCAACUUGGUAAACUUGACAUGCGGAAAAAUAACUUCUCAGGUAUCUUGCCAAGAAGCCUAUACUCAUGCAAGUACUUGAAAGCAGUUCGACUGAGCUAUAAUAAUCUAGAGGUUCAAAUACACCCUGAAAUUAUUUCCUUGAAGUACUUGUCCUUCAUCUCACUUGGUUGGAACAAACAUUUGACAAAUGUGACAAGGGUAAUGAAGACACUGAUGGGUUGUGAACGUCUCGUCGUCCUUUCCUUGGCAUCUAGCUUUUUAGGUGAGGAACUUCCCGCUGAUCUUGGAACAUUUAACUUUCAUGGAUUCCAAAAUCUUCGAGUUUUGGAUCUGAGUUCAUGUAAACUUUGUUUUGGCCACGCCAGUAAGUCUGGGCAUGCAAAGUCUCUUUUAGUUGUUACGGGUGUGCCACCGCGUGGACGCGGAAUGUAG